GGAACAGACCGUACGGCUGCGCUGUGACACUUUGACCCCUGGGAUGGAGGAUUUGGCCCGAGAUGUUGGAUGGAGGAGAGUUUUCUUUACCAACAAACUCCAGCUCCAAAAACAGAUCCGCCGCCGCAGAGUGUAAUGAGUCACUCUGAUAAUCAGCAUCUCCUGGACAUGGUGAAGAUGUGUGUACACUUCAUGAUGUUCCUGGCUAUAGGUGUGUUCACGUACGUGAUCGCGGUGACGGUUCACGGCUCUCCGCACCUUCGGCGUAAUGUUCAUUACCACCUGCUCCUGCAGCACUGCAUCUGCCUGACGGGCUUCAAUGCAGCGGGCGGAGUGUUACACGUCCUGCGCUCCCUGCGCCUCCCCGUCACACGCCUCGCCUGCUGGAUCCUGUUCGACCUCCAGGUGGUGAUGGCACGAGGCCUAAACUUCACCCUCACCCUCAUGUGCAUGUGCACCUGUCUCUCCGUCUGCUGCCCGCUGCGCUACAACUCCCUGCCACGCACCUUCUACCGCUGGAUGAUCUCAGUGACCUGGAUUCUGGCUCUAAUCAACCCGGUAGUGUUUACGGCUUUGGCGUGUGCACAGCAGCCGUGGCGCUACGUGAUGGCUCCAGACACCGAGUGCUCCACAGCUUUGGAGGGUAAAGCGUGCAUCAUCAGCUCCCUCCUGCUCCUCCUCCUAAUGGUGCUGCUUAUUUCCAGCAGUUACAUCUGCAUCUGUCUAGAGGAUCACCACGCUGGGCAUUUUUCCCGCUCCAACAGUAAAGGACGACGCACCAUCCUCAUCCACAUACUGCAGAUCAGCUUGCACACCUUCCCCACCUUCAUCAUCGUCUCCCGCAUGCACCAGAUGCUCGUCAUAGCCCUCAUUACCUUCCUGAUCUUCAGCAUCUCACAGUUCCUCAGUCCAGUCAUUUAUGGCCUGCGGUGUAAAGAACUCAACAAGGAAAUCCCCAGGUUCUUCCCGUGCUUCUUUAACAAACCUGUGUCCCUGAAACAACAACGAGGCUCCUGGACCAUCUCCACCAUCUCAGGAGUACUGAGCAGCAGCGAAACCGACCACAGCACCAGCAUGGUCACUGUUCACGUGUCUGAGACCCAGAACGAUGACCAGAACAAACACCAUGUGAGUGAAGAUCACGUGGAAAGUACAAUCUGAAAUGUAAAAAUGCACAAAAAACGGAAGAAGUGAAGAACAGAACCAUCCCCUCUCUCUCUC